GGUGGUUCGACAGUUCACCUGUUCACAGCCAUCUUUGUGACGCGGCAGUGGGAAAAGUUGACAACGGGGGUAUAGCUGAGCUGUCCCGUUCACGAUUGGGACCAGACAAUCAUCCCCCCCUUUGACCAGCCACAAACUGGCGACUUUUCUUUCCAUAGCAACCAGGGGACACCCAACGGUACAUCUUGCCGACAUAGGACGAGAAAACCUGCAGGCGGGACAAGCUCCGUCAUAAACCCAAGGCACCUAUCCGAUCGAACAUGCCGUACCUCGCACGGGACCUUGAGGUCUACCGGCGCGAUGAACGCCUUGGUCACAAGCUGCUGACGCGAGAGGAGAGGCAGCGUCUCGUCGAGCCUUACCUCCCUACACCACCGUCGAGGUCCAGAUCGAGAUCACGCGCCGCGGCAAGCACAACCAACGCACGAGACGGAAAGAAGGCCAGAAUCGGUGUCCGACGUUUUCUCCGGCGCCAAUAUUACGUCCUCGUCUUCACCUUGAUCCACAUCUUCUUUUCCAUCUACAUCCGCCUUCGACAGGCCUACCAUGCGGUCGCGAACCGGAUACACUCGAUCUAUUACCACCAUCACCGGACGCCCGAGCUGAUACAAAGAGACGUCAAGGGGCUCCGUCGCCUCCCUAAGCACCUCAGCGUUAUUCUGACGCUGGAGGACCAAAGAGGGAGUGGGGCCGGAUUGGAAAAGUUAAUCAACGAGGUGGCCAACAUAGCCGCGUGGUGCGCCAGCGCCGGCAUCCCACAGCUGUCCGUAUACGAGAAGACGGGCAUCCUGAAGGGCUUCCUCAGGGAGACGCACCAGGUGGUUAUGCAGGAGAUGCACGCCUACUUUGGACCCAACUACCCUUCGGUGACCCUCGGCGCGCCGCACAUCCCCCCGGUAGAUUCGUCUGGCCUCGCCAGCGGGACAGAUUACCAGAGCGGCAGCGGCAGCGGCAGCAGCAGCGACGAGGACGAGGAACCCAGAAAGCACCUCUCAAUCCUGCUCAUUUCGGCCGAGGACGGGCGCGACUCCAUCGUCGACCUGACCAAGACGCUGGCGGAGAUGUCGCAGCGCAAGAAGCUCAGCACGGCCGACAUCACCAUGGAGCUGGUCGACGCCGAGCUGACCGAGAGCAUCAUGUCGGAACCCGACCUGCUCAUUCUCUUCGGUCCCCAUGUCGAGCUCGCGGGGUAUCCGCCCUGGCAGAUUCGGCUGACCGAGAUCUUCCACGUUCAGGACAAUCAGGAGGUCGGCUACCAAGUGUUCUAUCGCGGUUUGCGCAACUACGCAUCGGCGCAGAUGAGGAAGGGGAGGUAGUCUUGGAGUGCAGAAGUCAUGGACUGAUCAGGGUUCGGAAAGAGGUUGGCCGCGGUGACAAACAUAGAUCUAGGGUCUUUUUUUUUUUGGUUCAGUCAAUUCCUCGGCGUCUAUCAAUGGUAUCUUCGAAUCAUCCCGUACUCUUCAUGUAAUUCGAUACACAUAUCGUCACUGGUUUUUGGGGGAUUCCCAUUCCCUUUCUCUUUCCCUUUUCGCCUCUUUUCUAAAUGGCGAGCAAGGGCGCGAAGCGGGAGAGUAAUCGAACUCGGUUGUUUCACCACGAUGUGGUUCCGGAUCAACGUAAGGCGUCAAGGUGACAAUCAACUGAACAAUGGUCGACAUGAAGUGAGCGCCAUACAACAUGUACUUGUAGAUCGGGACGGGUGAGCCCUACUAGUUCAAUGCAUCACAACCGUAAAAAGGCUCACGUCUGAUUGGCC